UCUGUACGAGGGAGCAAUAAAUCGGACACCGCUAAGACCAUUCGAAGAAAAGGAAGGCAAAACUCUCUCUCUCUCUCUCUCUCUCUAUCUAUGGAAGUCUUCAUCGGAAGUAGUAUCGGCGACAUGUUUCCAUGUUAGUCUACGCUGAUUCUUGGACAGCUCAAUCCUCAUAUCAUCAUCUUUCUCUGUUGACGCUCAUUGAAUAAGAAGUAAUCUGUUGCUUGAGGAGAUCCUAACUUGAAUGAUGUAAACAUGCUUUCAUAUUGGGUGUUAUGUACUGGGGUGGGGUGUUAGUGAUGGAUAUGUUGCUGAUUUCUGAUAAAGAUUCAGGGAAAUCCUUCUGCUGAACACAAGGAGAUACACUAGAUAAUCUGAACAGUGAGCUGCAGCUUUGAGUCAAUCUCUUCUUUUACUGUCAAUUACAAGGACUUAAGAUGGAUGAUGGUGGGAAACCUGAACAUGGGUGGCAUAGGAUGGAUUACUACAAAGGAGUGCACACUCCGUGGAAUAUGAUGCCCCAGCAUCAGAUGAAGGAAGCAAAUGCCUGCCUUAUGAAUAAGAAGAUCAUGCAAAUAAUUGCUGAGAAGAAUGCAGCUGUUGAAGAAAUGAAUAGGGCAAUAACUGAAAAAAAUGCAGCCAUAGAGGAGCGAAACGAGGCAGUCAAGCAGCGAGAUGAAGCAAUUGCUGCACGGAAUAAUGCUUUCAGGGAGCGAGACAGUGCGAUUGCAGCCCUUCGGUUUCAAGAGAACUCCAUGAAUGGUACAUUAGGUUAUGGAAUCCAACAUGGAACAAAGCGUAUGCACCACCCAACAAAUCAUCCUGCCGCCAGUGCCGCUGAAGCCGCUUACAACAGAAGGGAAGCACAAAUAACCGAUACCUUUCCAAUGCCAACAAUUCCAUCUGAAGCUGUAAAUUCACACCAAGCAAAACGAGCAAAUGAGAACAAGGCUGUUUCAUCCAAGGUGUCGAAGAAGGGAAAGAAAGUGGGUGAGGAUUUGAAUAGGCAUGUUACGACCGAUGGGUCAAAAGCUGAGUGGGAUGCGCAGGAACUUGGUUUGAUUAACGAGGUUAAUUUUGACGAGUCUACCAUGUCGCCACCUGUUUGCUCAUGCACUGGACUGCCACGGCAGUGCUACAAAUGGGGAAAUGGUGGUUGGCAGUCCUCAUGCUGCACAACGACACUCUCUGCAUAUCCACUGCCUCAGAUGCCAAACAAACGACACGUGCGAAUGGGCGGCCGGAAAAUGAGCGGAAGUGUUUUUACUAGAUUGCUUAGUCGGCUGGCAGCAGGUGGCCAUGAUUUGUCGAUACCACUGGAUCUCAAGGAUUACUGGUCCAAACAUGGUUCAAAUCGCUACAUUACCAUCAAGUAAACUCAUUGACAAUCCUUUGGGGGUAUCAAAAUUUGUUUAGAUUUCAAGAUUUACUGAUAACCAAGAAAGUUUGCCGAACUCGAUGAAGGGAAAGAUGUGAGCUCCAGUACAAGGGCAGUUUCUGAGCUGAUUCAGUUGACAAAAACUUUUUGUGAUGCGACUAAAAUGUUUGUCCUCCUCCUCAGAAGGGGAAUUUUUGUAGACUACUAGAAUUUAUACAAAUUGUUCUCUGGUUGGGUCGAUGAAGGCUGUUCAUUGUUUUUUGCAGAA